AUGGGGAGUGAUCGCAUGUCAGGGAAGAAACACGACUAUAGCACUUGCUAUGUCAAAUUUCUGAAUAAGUGGAGGAAAAUUGUGGAGCAGUCCCCAGAGGCCUUUGUGCCCCUGUUGGUGGCGGAAAUUGGGAUCCUGAAGGGAUCGGGCUUGGCAAUUUGGUCGGACAUCUUUGGUUGCGAUGCUCGGAUCCACGGAUUUGACAUGGUGUUGGACAAUACCAAGGCCAACAUGGAUUACAUGAAACGCCAUGGUGCCUUUGUAAAGAACAACCUGGAGCUACACACCAUCAAUCAGAUGAAUGAUAACACUGCAAUUGUGGAAGCAAUCGCUGCUGGUAAAAGGUUCUCCUUUGUGGUGGAUGAUGGUUAUCAUACCAUGAAGUCCAUUUGGCUGACCUUUGACUCCUUCCGACCUUCGCUGCACCAAUCGGCCUUCCUCUACGUGGUGGAAGACAUCAGUCUGGAUGAGCUUGACGCUGUCAAGAAGUUGUUCAAAGACUAUCACGUCGACGAGUGCUCGGCCGACCAGCGUAUCAUUGCGGUCACGCCGAAGACGCCGAAGACGGGGACUUAG